CCCAACACCGACGCCGCCACCAAAAAUUCAAUAAAAUGAGCUCCUAUUUCGUCAACUCACUGUUCUCCAAAUACAAAACUGGGGAGUCCCUGCGCCCCAACUAUUAUGACUGCGGGUUCGCCCAGGAUCUGGGCGGAAGACCCACGGUGGUGUAUGGACCCAGUACCGGAGGAAGCUUCCAGCAUCCGACGCAAAUUCAGGAAUUCUAUCACGGGGCAUCCUCUCUCUCCACUUCCCCGUACCAGCAGAACCCGUGCGCGGUGGCUUGUCACGGGGAUCCGAGCAACUUCUACGGUUACGACCCUCUGCAGAGACAGACGCUCUUCGGGGCCCAGGACUCGGACCUGGUGCAGUAUGCCGACUGUAAGCUCGCCGCCGCCAAUGGCCUGGGGGAGGAAGCUGAGGGCUCGGAGCAAAGCCCUUCUCCCACGCAGCUCUUCCCCUGGAUGCGACCGCAAGGUGAGGCUGCGGAAGAAGCAAGGAGUGAGGUUGAAAGGGAGGAAGGGAGGCAGGGAGGCAGGGAGGCAAGAAGGACUGGCAGGCAGAUGGCCGAGGGCCGGGAAAAACAGCGGGUUGAGGGAUACCGAGCCAGGGAGAAGGAGAUUUUGAGUGCAGGCGUGUGUUUUUACUAAAGAGGAUAGCUAAAAGACAUUUCCUGAACCCAUAAACCCCCUCAACCUUUCUCUGUUUUUCUUCUUCCAUCUAUUUUUGUAAACUGUUUUAUGGGGUUUAUGGAGACAGGAUGAUAGGAGUGGGGCUUGAGGGGGGGACUCUCAACUUUUGCACUUGUAAAUUGCUUUAUAGUUUAAUUACCCUGAAGAAACUUUUCUUCUCAGGGUAGAGGCUCUGGGGGCUUUUCAAGGUGG